GUCCAUCUCGCAAAAUAGCUCUAUGCCACUUUACAUGGCCCAAGUGACCAAGAUUUUACGAGAGAUGGCCAUAGAAAGCAAUAGUUAUUUUAACUAUCCUGAUUUCCGGACGCGGCUGAGUGCUCUACGGCUGGAUCAAGCACAAACUCCCUUCCUGUACCAACGGUUGGACUUGUUAGACUCCUAUCUUGAUCUUACACAGCCGAUGACUGGUGAUUAUUUUGUUGACGGGGGAGUCACCAUCUUAGACUUGUCUUGUCCAUUUGUUGACUCGAGUACGGCCUGUACUUUGUUCCGCAUUGCUAUGGACCUUUUUCUUUACGCUUAUCCGUCCAGGGCCAAGAUGAUCGUAGCGGAUGAAGCGCACAAGUACAUGACAGACACACCCGCAGCAAGAGAACUUACAGACACUUUCCUCAAUAUUAUCCGCCAGCAGCGUCAUCUUGGAGUUAGAACACUCAUAUCUACCCAGGAACCAACUAUUUUCCCUCGCCUGCUUGAUCUUUGCUCUAUUACCAUUAUCCACCGAUUUACGAGCCCGGAGUGGUACAAAGCAAUAAGAAACCACGUCCCAAUCGAGAACAAAGAAGGCGGCAGUAACAAGGAAAAAAUCUUGGAUGGGUUAUAUGAUAUUGCUAGUCUUUAAACAGGCGAGGCGCUUGUGUUUGCACCAUCUGCACUUUUGCUGGAUGAGAACGACGCGGUACUGGACACAAAAUAUCGUACCUUCAAGAUGCGUAUUCGAAAGCGCGUUACCUAGGAUGGUGGACGGACUAUUACCUGUCUAUCCUGACCUUUUACUACUAGAUGCGUUCUCAUGCGGAACUAGUAUUUAUCCACAUAUUUUGGAGUUUUUUUGAGGUUAUCUUUUCUUAAUUGCUAUGGUUGAUGAUCAGGUACAUUACCUGACUAAAGAUGAAAAUCCCUACAGAUAGAGAUAGACAGUUAUUAUUUGAAUCUUUAACUCCUC